AUGAAAGGAAGUUUGGGAGGGGGCUAUUCCAAAGAAGAGCCCCCUCCCAAACAUGAGGGGAAGGAGUCCACAGAGCAGCUGAAGGAGCUCACUACUGGCAUACAACAGAACCUCGGUGAAAGUAUACUUUAUUUAUGGGUGGAGAAGAUACGGGAAGUUCUGGUUGAAAAGGCACAGUCAUCAGAUCCAGAACCAGAUAUUAAGAAAACCAGUGAAGAAAUUGAUGAAGGUGAUGGAGAUGAUUUUGUCCUAGACUGUCAGCCCAUUCAUGAGGAUCCAAUUAAAAUGUUAAAUUACCUUACAUCUGAAAGUCAAGAAGUAGAUGAAGAACUGCCACCCAUACAUCACGGAAAGCCAAUUACAGAUCGAAGGAGUACGUUCCAGGCACAUCUGGCUCCUGUGGUGACACCCAGACAAGUAAAGAGAGUUCUUGAAAAAUUAUAUGAGAAUAAGAAAAUUGCAAGUGCUUCCCACAACAUAUAUGCAUACAGGAUAUACUGUGAAGAUAAGCAGACAUUCUUACAGGAUUGUGAAGAUGAUGGGGAGACAGCAGCAGGUGGACGCCUUCUUCACCUUAUGCAGAUUUUGAACGCCCACAAUGUGUUAGUUGUGGUGUCUCGCUGGUAUGGAGGUAUUCUUUUGGGACCAGAUCGUUUUAAACAUAUAAACAAUUGUGCAAGGAAUGUACUUGUGGAAUACAACUAUGUACCAUCAGCAGAAGAGUCAUCUAAACAAGCAGGAAAGAGCAAAAAGACAAGGAAGGACAACAAGAAGAGAACAGAACACUAAUUUAUUUUUUAAAACUAUAAAGGACUAUUUUGCACAUAUUUAUACAAAGGAAACAUGGAGUUAUUGCCUUAUACAAUACAACAGAUACUUUGUAUUUAAAAAAGAAUUUAAUAAAGCUAUAGAUACAUUUU